GAAGCGGAGGCGAUCUAAAGGCCUGCGUUGCGGGGAGUGCGUUUUUCCACGCAGAGGGCUGCGGAUGUGGAGUAGAGCUGUAAACGUGGACAGUCUCCAGGUUCUUUAAAUCCAUCAAGACAAAACCAGUUCGCAAGGAUUUGAAACAGACAAGUUCAGAGACUGGUCUUUUCCAGGCGUUCCAGUCAAAGAAUUCCCUCAAGCCGCUGAUCACUUCAGCAGACCACCAAAUCACAAACACUGCAGAAGAAGAGAGGAGGGAUACACGGGAAUGUUUUCUUAUCAUGGUUGGACUGGGAGCAAAAAGAGGCUUGUAUUUAAUAUUUCUAAUACUUUUCUGUGUGAACUUUGUGUUUAUUAAGACAUCCGCACAAUAUGAGAGUUACAGCUUCAGAAGUUUUCCCAAAGAAGAACUCCUUCCUCUCACUGCAGCCUACGGACUGGCGCUGGACAGCUACGCUGCAGGAAACUGGACCGAAUCCAUCCAGUACUUGGAGCUGAGUUUGCGUUUGCACCGACUUCUCAGGGAAAGUGUGCGGUUCUGCUCGGUCCAGUGUAACCGCAGCAGUCAUGAGGAGCCGCUUUUCCCCGCAGCAGCCCCGGAUCUAAGCGUCUGCUGGCGCGUCCUGAGGACGGCGUCCUGUCAGAAGAAGUGCAGGGCGCAUUUCCCGGUCCUGCAGCUGCCGCCUCCCGGCCCCGAGAUCCUGGAGGAGUUCAGCAAAAGAUCCCCGUACCGAUAUCUGCACUUUGCUCACGCUAAGCUGGACGACCUGCAGCGGGCCGUCCCAUGCGCCUACACCUUCCUGCAGAGGAACCCCGAGGACCAGGAGAUGCUGCAGCUGAUGGAGGAGUACAAGAACGAGUACGACCUCGACGGCUUCCUCAUCGACCACGAACAACGACUUUAUGAGCCAUCCUUUGUUAGCGGCGUGAAGCUUGUCGACUUGGGGAAGUACAGCGGCGGUUCUGAGCGCCUGGAGGAAGCGCUGAGGCUCUACCUGCAGGAGUACGACCUCUGUCAGGCCGAAUGCGACGGGAUCGGCCAUUUUUCUUCACACACAGACUUCUACGCUCUAUUAGCCGAAGUCUACUUUGACAUGUUAAAAUGCAGGAUAAAGUGUGAGGAAAACCUAAAACCCAACGUUGGCGGCUACUUUGUGGAGAACUUCGUUCCCACUAUUUACCACUACCUCCAGUACGCCUAUUACAAACUGAACGACGGCCGCAGAGCCGUGCCUUGUGCGUACAGCUACUUCCUGUUCCAGCCAGAAGACCCGGUGAUGAAGGACAACCUGCUGUACUAUGAGGCCUACAGCCCACAGUGGGGCCUGCAGUUCCAUCACUUCACACCCAGAACAGAAGCUCUUCGAUACCACAACCAGACCGUCACUCAAAAACAGAUGUUGACGUUUCUAAUAAAGUACUUGGAGACGAAUGAUGAGGGUUUUAGUGGACCAGAAGAAAAUCCACUUUUGUCCUCCGAGUCUCCCGAUGCCGAGUUUGAAGGUGUGGGAGGUUAUGAAGAGUCCAUGUUUGCAAAAUGGAGGCAGAAGAAAGGAAAAGGAGACGCAGGAGAAGCCGACAUCUGAACUCAACCAUUUACAGCUUCAGCUCUGCUGUCUUUAGGAAUGGUAUACUUAAAUUUAUUUAAAAUAGUACCAUUAUAAUAAUUUUAAGCAUAGUUAUGCCAUGAAGUUUUUUUUUGACCCUCUGUUUAACAAAACAGCAACAAUUUGCUUUUCACCUUAUUUGUUUUAGUUGAAACCUGUCCGAUAAUGUCACAUUAAAUGUCCAAAGAGUUUGAAAUGAUUCAUCAGGCUUUUCUUUUAAAUCACAAAAAACAAAGUAUUUUGCUUUUUGUUUUUAAUCUUGUUAAUUGUAACUUUUAAUUUUGCUCUGUUCAGCUAAGUUAUAAAGCACCUUUUCCAGACGUAUUUGUUUUAAAACAUUUUCUAUAAAGAUUAGUUUAUAAAAAUGUGUUUCUACUUUUAUUAAGUAACCUAAAAUCUUUUCUUUUCUUAAAAUUUCUGAUAGGGAAGUUGGUAACAUUAUUCUUUUAGUCUAAAAUUAUUUAAGGUAUUAAGCUCUGUUAUGAUUAUUUUCUAAAAUCAAUAUUUUGUGCAAAAUAUUUCACAAAAAUAUUUAUAAGGUAAAUUUCUCUGUUGCCUCACUGGCCUUUAUGAAAGCCAUGAAGUGACAGAAAUCUUUAAGGCAGUGGUGUUCAAACGUUUUGCAAUGGAGAUGAAAACUGUCACUGGGCAAUUUUUAUUGGGACAUUUUUUAACGAAAGUAGGAAGAUUGGGUUUUACCAGCUCAACAACCUAAAAAUGCUAAAUUUAAAAGAAGUAAGCAAAGUACGCAUAUUUUUGUCAAAGGCAAUCUGCAAACCAUUGCAGAUCUAAAAUAUAAAUUAGGGGGAAAAAAACAAAUAAAAAAAAAAGUGUCCAAAAUUUUCAGGAUGAUAGACCCAAAAAAAAUAUUUACUUUAUUUUGCCCAGUUGGAAUUAGAGUUGGAAGGAGGUUUGGAAUUAACCAUAAUCAUCCUUCCAACCCUAAUCCAACCCCAAUCCAAUCCCAACCCUCCUUCCAACCCUGUGACUGUAGGUCAAGAUGCUAGUCAUAGCCUCGUGGCUAUUCCUCCAUUUAUCUCAUUUUAUUUUAUAAUCUGUUUUGACCUGAAAGUUUAGCUAUACAAGCUUUUUUUCAAUCAACUUUUAAUAAAUUUCUAAUAUUCUUUGGUUGGAAUUUUGGCAUUGACUGAAAGUUUUCACUCCUCAUUUACAGUUCUUAUAUUUGCGUUUUGCUUUAUUCUGCCUCUUCUGCAUUUGACUUCAAAUGCAGUUUUCACUAAAAAUUCUCAGCUUACAGCAUUCACAUUGCAUUUUCACAGCAAAUGCAAUUUUUUCUAGUUCCUUCCCAUUUUUAAAGUAGAGAAGUGAGAGACACCAUUUGCUCUGCAUCUUGCAAACAAACACCAAAAACCACAAACAUUUUCAGGUACGUUUUAAUAUAUCAGUUUGCAUUGGAAGUCAGAAGUAAAUGGUGCUAAAAUCUGCAUCCAACUACAACAUGUGAUCAAAAACAGGACAAACAGUCACGGUCCGAGUUUUUUGCUAAAUCCUAUCUGGAGUAGCGACAGUUUGUUUAAUCACAUCCUGCCAAGCAUUCCAGCUUGUAGUUCUGAUUAAAAAGGCUUUAAAAUCAAAGAUGCUGAGAUAAUCCUCUAAUGUCGAUGUACUGGCAGUGCAAUUUGGAUAAUUUUUUACUGACAUCAAUGCCAAUGCCCCGUUGAACGAUGUUAGAAGGUGACAUCAGAUGUUUACCCUGUAUUAACAGUCCAGAUGCUCUGCUUUAAACAUUUUAUUGCUAAUCUGAA